CUUUUUUGUUGCCCUUACUCAUCAUCAAAAGGUCGCUUAUAAGCAGUGGGCUGUUCCCUCAAGACCUCCAUUUCCCUCCAUCAAGGCUGAAAUUAUGUGAGUAUAUCGUCUCACUGAAGUUUCUCAGAGCUAUCUUUUCGUUUGGGUGCGAUUUUGGACGGUCGUUGUGUUUGGAACGGUUGGACUAGAGUGGAAGAUCUUGGAUGACGUUUCACUUCGAGAAGAAAGAAAUAUGGUCUGGCGGACUCUCAGCGGUUCUUGAGAGAUAUCAUGAAUUACUGAAGAGUCGCCGGAACCGUUCAUCUCUCAAAAUUUCUUGUUUUGAACGACCCGCUGACGCACACAUUCAGAAACAAUGGGCCGCCGUCCUGCUCGCUGCUACCGUUAUUGCAAGAACAAGCCUUACCCCAAGUCAAGGUACAAUCGUGGUGUUCCUGACCCCAAGAUCCGUAUCUUCGAUUUGGGUCGUAAACGUGCCUCUGUUGACGAAUUUCCCUUCUGCUGUCAUCUGGUUUCUGAUGAGUACGAACAACUCUCGUCCGAAGCUCUGGAAGCUGCCCGUAUCUGUGCGAACAAAUAUGUCACCAAGACCAGCGGAAAGGACUCCUUCCAUAUGCGUGUCCGUGUCCACCCGUUCCAUGUCAUCCGUAUCAACAAGAUGUUGAGUUGUGCCGGUGCCGAUCGUCUCCAGACCGGUAUGCGUGGUGCUUGGGGUAAACCUUAUGGUACUGUCGCCCGUGUCAACAUUGGCCAGAUUAUUCUCUCCAUUCGAUGCAAGGAAGCCAAUGCUGCUGUGAUCGUCGAGGCCCUCCGACGGGCACGAUACAAGUUCCCUGGCAGACAGAAGAUCAUUGUCUCCAAGAAGUGGGGUUUCACUAACGUCGACAAGACUGAGUACCUCAAGUUGAAGGCGGAGAAGAGGGUGCUGCAGGAUGGAGCUUACGUUCAGUUUAUCAGGCCGAAAGGCCCUCUGGAAGUGAACCUACGCAACCAACUUCGUGCUUAGAUGUGCUGCGAUUCGAUGUAUCCACAGGUCUUUGUAUGAUAACCCGUAUGUUCAAUCACACCGUGAGUUCUAUGACUAUAUCCCGAGGACCUGGGAUCACAAAAGCAUGUGGCAGCUAAGUCUCCCGUGGCCAAAUGCAUCAGCAGCUUUGUUCCGUCAUUGUAUCACUGCUGAUCCCCCUCCUUGUUUCUUUUCUGCCUGCUGUCAGCCCGGCUUAAUUUAGGCCGUUUACUGGAGAUACUAAUUGCAAUUGAUUGAGGAUUGUGCCGCGC